UGUCAGCUGUGCUUGAGGAGGAGGGACCAUACAUAGCAUCCAUUCUGUCCCCUCUGCUAUCUUCCUGUAGGAUGUUUCCUUCAUUUCUCUUCCUGCAAAAAGUGCGUGUGUGUGUGUGUGUGUGUGUGUGUGUGAGACCAAAAUUCAAUAUAAAAAAUUUUUUACACAAGAAGAAAUAGGCAGUUUCUGUGAGUUUUAGGUCAGCCAGAGUUACAUGAUGAGACCCUGUCUCAGAAAAGCAAAGUAAAACAACAACAACAAAAAACCCAGCUUAAUUACCCCUAACCAUUAGGGCUUUUCUGUGUCCUGGUGCCUGAAUAAUGACAUAGAGACUUACUUUCAUAUUUAUGCCUAGGCUGUAUGCUAGGCUUGCUCCUAACUCUUAAAUUACACUAACCUGCUUAUACUACUCUGUAUCUGCCAUGUGGCUGGUUACCUCUCCUCAGUUUCAUAUGUCAGACUUCCUCCGAGUCCAGGUGAUAAGUCUUCCCACGCCUGACUCUUUCCCAGAGUUCUCCUCUCUGCCAUUGGUCCACCUUCUGUGCUAUCUUUUGCCAUAGGCCAUAGACCUGUUAUUUUAACCAAUGAGAAGGUGCCUUAGGCAGGCAAGGAAGGACAGAGACAAAUCUUCACACAGUGUGUCUAAACAUUAUCCCUUAUAGUUAUCAAAAUUAUUCUUUCAACAAUAUUCUAAGAGGAAGUAAUUAUUUCUCUGCUGUUUGAAGGUUUAUAUUGGUAAGAGAUUGUUCUGAAGUGGGCUUCCAGAGCUGAAUUCUUUUGCUGUAUUCUCUGUUGAGGGUUAAGGACACCUACCUGAAGCAGGAGGAAUGUGGGUGUCCCCAGUAAGGCUGUCCUCAGAAAAGGUGUGUGGUAAAAUGAAGCAAGCAAUCUGGAUUGUUCAUUUUGUCUUUUAAACUGGAAGCCAAGAACCUCUUAAUCCUCCUGCCCCUAUCUCCCAGCACCAGCAAGAAAUAAUUUGUCUUACUAUCUAGUUGACCAGUUUUUCACUAUUUCGGAUAUAGACAGUUGUGCUGUUCGAUUAGUUUGAGAAAAAAAAGACUUUGUCCAAGUAAAAUGUGUAUGUGCGUUGAGGGCAGCCUAAGAGCAGGUCUCCUGGGAACAGCCCACCCCGGCUGCCAGCAGCCUUUGCUGCCCGAACCCACUUUAAGCUGGGUCCCUCCAAAACCCUCCAGGUGACUAGAGCCACUCUACAAAAGGUGAGCUAAACUCUUUGCUGCCAGACCUCUGCCAUCAUGGGUCGCAUGCACGCUCCCGGGAAGGGCCUGUCCCAGUCGGCGCUGCCCUACCGCCGUAGCGUCCCCACGUGGCUGAAGUUGACGUCUGACCACGUGAAGGAACAGAUUUACAAAUUGCCCAAGAAAGGCCUGACUCCCUCCCAGAUAGGUGUAAUCCUGAGGGACUCACACGGGGUGGCCCAGGUCCAUUUUGUGACUGGAAAUAAAAUCUUGAGAAUCCUCAAGUCCAAAGGCCUUGCCCCUGACCUCCCCGAGGAUCUCUACCAUUUGAUUAAGAAAGCUGUUGCUGUCCGAAAGCACCUUGAGAGGAACAGAAAGGAUAAGGAUGCUAAAUUCCGCCUGAUUCUGAUAGAGAGCAAAAUUCACCGAUUGGCUCGAUACUAUAAGACUAAGCGGGUGCUCCCACCCAAUUGGAAAUAUGAGUCAUCCACAGCCUCUGCUCUAGUGGCAUAAACGCUGUUGUGUGCACAAGCAAUAAAAUCACUUUGAGUAAAAAAAAAAAAAA